AUCCUUGUUAGAUGGUCUUAACAGGUAACUAACUGCAUUAUCUAUUGAAUGGAGGCCUAUUUGCGGGUUUUUUUGUUUGUUUUUGUUUUUUAUCUUUUGGUUGUUAUUUUUGUUCUGAUGGUUCUUUUUUUUUUUACUUUGUUUUUACGUUAACACGAAGAUUCUAUUGAUGAGGGAAAAGAGUCCUUAGUCAAGUGGAAACCUGUUGACGCUUAUGAAAGUCUCACUGUUCUCCCGGUCGAAUACCGGUAUUCAUGACAACAACUUGGAGUUGAGGUUAUGGAGCGAACACGUGCAAAGGUACUUGAAAGUUUCCAUUAUAAUUUCAUAACACGGUCUCUUUCUCUUCUUUUUUGCAGUGCCUUUGACCAUCUUAAACAAGAUAUUUACAGCAUAAAUAAGGGGAGUUUCUUUUGGGAAAUAGAACUGGAAAACUUGCCUUUCAUGCACCUUUGUUGGCAUCAUCGUUUACCACGAAAAUCACCUCAAUUAAGGGCAGCUUGGAAGGAAGCCAGAGAAGAAUUUGUGAGGAUGUUGGCUCCUGGCUUAAUCAAUUUGCUUCUCUCCCUUUUAGUUUUAGAAAUCUCACGUGUGAUUGUUCAUUCAUCUGCGUCUCCAAAGCUAGUUCUAUCAACCGCAAGCCCUACUCCAACGACAGGAGCUUCGACUGGGAGUUCAACAACAACAUCACCAGAUGCUGGUGAAGGGCCGUAUUGUGGACAGGGGCUAACAUGUGGUCCAUAUUGUCAGCUCCUUUGCCUUAACAUGCACAAUUAUUACCGAGACCUACAUGGCUCUCCACCAUUGGAGUGUGACCAAGAGUUGGCGACAUCUGCCCAAGAAUGGACAGACCAGCAAGCUGCUAAAGGUUAUAUGCACCAUUCUGAAUGGACGGACAAAUUUACUGAGAGCAUCUCUUGGAAAGGAUGGGGUUGGGAAGGAAUGGAUAAGAUGGAAGGAGCCAUUGCUGGUGCAGUGAGAGGCUGGUAUUCAGAGAUUAAGAACGGUUACAAUUACCAAACAGGCCGAGGAACUGGCGUCAUUGGACAUUUCCAAGCGGUUGUGUGGGCAGGAGAGACCAGGUUGGGCUGUGGACUCAACAUCAAGCCAAAUGAUGGUACUUACGUCACGGCACAUUACGCUCCGCCUUCUCACACGAGCAUGGAAAAAGAAAAAAUAGCUCCAGAUAAUGUUAAACCCAGGAGAUCACCAGAACCAGGCUGCAAUAUACCUUCUAGUGGCCGUGAAUUGUGCCGUCCAGAUCUGACAGCACCGUUCGUGAACCCGGGAAAUUGUCCCCUUGAAUGUUGCUACGACGACAUGUUUAUGGGUGAGCGGUCGGUAAAGUUUUACAGUCGCAAGGGACGUACUUGGUGUUUUAAGAGGCAGUGAAGAAAUCAAUUUUAGAAAUCAAAACACAACAAACGCAGUCUUGUAGCUUCACAACAAAUGAGGUGUUGUGAUUUGCCCAUUACAGGUGCUCGGUCAUUACAUAACAAAACUCAAACCUCCCCCGUUUUUUAACCCCUCCGCUCAACCUUGUUCCCAGGGCCUUUUUCCUUAAUUGGAAAAAGGCCUGGGAACGAGGUUGUCCCUCGCUGCCGUAUCGCCCUUUUCUUCUGGAUGGACUGUGAGGGAAAAUUCCUUAAACGGUGUGAGUGAAAACUUUAAGCCGUUCACAUAGUUAUGGGAUGACUGUUUGGAGACCAAUUUGAAUUUCUUGGAGUGAAGACACAGGCGAGAGCUUUCAAGUAUUUUUUCGAACUACAUGUGGGAAUCAUAAUAAUGAGUCACACGGACAACUUGUCCACAUGUCUUCAGGGAAAAGAAAAGUCAGCUUUCCCUUGACAAAUGAUUGCAAGCAUGACAGUAAAGACUUGGCAGGUUGUAAGCAGCAAUGAAAUCUUCUAGCAGAUUUUGCAGCCACAACCUCCGCGAAAGAGAAGGCGGAUGAUGGAAAAACCGCAGGAGACCAUCCAAAAAGUGCAAAAGACUACUUCCGAUCCAUUUACUUUGAAGCUCUAGACCUUGUAAUUUAUUUCAUACUCGACAGACUCAGUAAACCUGGAUACAAAUUAUAUUCCCGACUAGAGUUACUUUCGGUGAACGUAGUUAACAGAAAUGAUUUCUAUAAGCAUCUUAAAUCUACCUGUGAUUUUUUUUAAUGAGACAAUUUGGAGAACAAUUUGCUGCUGUCACAGUUACAAACUCUAAGAGUGCUUCUUGGUACUGAGACAGACCUCGAAUUGAGUGAUCAGAACGUGAUAGUGAUAGUGAUAGUAAUAGUGAUAACAGAACAACUACUUGCAGCAAUUAAUGCUGAAUUGCGAGUUGUUUUACAACACUGUGCAGGGGACUUUACCAGACUGCUAGUAGCAGUUUACAAUCAAU